UGUGGUACUAAUCUUGUGCAUUGCAAAUAUGUAUUACUGUACCGUAUGUAAAGUUUAAAGACAAUACGAUUCUCCAUUCUCCUACCGUACUAAGGGGUCCUUGUUCUAAAUUUUAUGACCCCUGCUACUCCUAGAAACUUCCACAACGGUGUUUUCAUUACUGUUACGAGCACGUUAACAUGGCGGGGAGGCCUCGAAGCAGAACCGCGCCCCUUGUGUCCCCCAAACGGAGCGGCCAUCUUGUUCGGGAGAAGGAUGGUUGUCACUGUUACAACGAACCAACGCAGAGGCGAUGGCUUGCCCGCUGGAAGAGCGGCAAAAUGGCCUGGCUUCUGGUCGUCCUGGGGGCCUGGUCGAUGCGGGUGCUCCGGCUGUCGGCGGUGUAUUCGUCCUCCUCGACGGGAGGGGUCGCGACAGACAUCCCCUGGACGCGGGUGCAGACGGACCCUUCAUUCUUCCUUGCCAGCACCGCGAGCUACGGCGAACGCAACAGCAGCAUCGGCAUCGGCAACGAAAACGAAAAGGGGAGCGGGAGCGGGAACGACGGUGGCUCCCUCGGGUCCGAUGCCAACGAAAGGGGUCCGUUUGAGAUCGGUGUGUUCAAUUUAACCUCGAGCACCAACACCAGCAGCAACACCAGCACUAGCGACAUCAUAAGCAACAACACCAACGAAAGCAUUCAGUUUGAGAUCGGGGUAUUUAACUUAUCCUCGAACGGCAGCAACAGCAGUAGCAGCAACAACGACAACACCAACAACAGCACCAGCACCAGCACCAACGAAAGCAUUCAGUUUGAGAUCGGGGUGUUUAACUUAUCCUCGAACGGCAGCAACAGCAGUAGCAGCAGCAACAACAACAGCACCAACAACAACACAAACGACGAGAGCCAACCAGAGAGGGAUAGAGAAAUGGUGCCCCCGGGCAUGCCUUCCAUCUCUUUGAAUUCUAUGUCGUUGAAUUUUACCAAAGCAUCGUCAUCAAACGCUUCAGCACAGAUAAUGCCCUGGUUCAUUGCGAACAAGGAAGGACGCAUUUCGAGCGACCGAGCCAUGGAGCACUACGACGCACUCCGAUUCGCCGCCGUAGCCGAGAACAUUGAUGGCGACAGAAUGAUGGUCUAUCGGGCGUGCUGUGGCCUCGGUCAUCGGCUCUCCCGGGAGGCCGCAGCGGCUCGCUACUCAAGGCACAAAGGAUUUCGGCUCCUCUGGGUGGAAUACACCAAAACCCGGAUCAGCCCCGGGAGCUGUUACACCCGCUUCAAACCCGGGAGCCUCGACCUCAGCGAAUACAUGUUUGGCCCCGGCCCGCUUUUGCUGUUCGAUGAGGACGAGGACGACGAGCAAACCUACGCUUCGCUUCCAACGGACUUUGACUCGAGGAGCAUGGAGAUACGGAGGUACGCCGCCGGAGACCACGGCGAAAAAUACGAAAGGAGAAACCACACGCUGAUCCCCAACAACGUCCCCGACCACGAUUCUAAAUGCUUCCAAAAAUUACCCCCAAGUGACCAGCGGGCCGUCGGUAGAGCCGACGAGCGAUUCUUCCGGCAGCUGCGGUCCCUCUUUCGGUUCAAUCAUCUCGCCCGGGACUUUGCCGAGGCCCAUCGGUUCUCGGAGCGGAUCGUCCUGGGAAUCCAUAUCCGGGCCGGGAACGGGGAACAAGACGAUUUUGUCAAGAAGGAACGGGGCAUCGAGGACCACCAAGGGUUUGCGAACAACACGGCCAAGACCCUGGACGAGCUGGUCACCAAGAUCCGAUCGGCACAGAUCCGCCAGGGCGCCGGUGUGCACCUGCACGCACUCCCACCCCUGCUCUUCGUCGCGACGGACGACCUUGCGAUGGUGACCAAGCUCGAGAACGCCACCCGGCCCUACAACAUCUCCGUGGUGAGCUUCCCCCAAUUCCGGCCGGAUCCCGGGACCGGCGUUUCCUACAACAAGCAAUGGAAGGACAGCGAGCGGUGCAAGCGCAGCUGGGCCGACCAGAUGGUCGACAUGGUGCUACUGGGGGCGUCCGAUGUUCUCGUCGCGGCCCGGUACUCGUCCUUCUCGAUGUCGCUUCCGCUGUUUGCCCUGUUUUCGGACUCGCUGCGGUACGCCCGGAGGCGCACCGCCCGGGAAAACCUCUCCGCCAACGAUGGCUCCGGCACGCGGUACGCGCACCGAAUGUUUUGCCAGAGCGGCCGCCUCGGGGACGGUCUGAAAUGCUUCGACGACUACUCGGACUGGGUUCGUGGAAGGAAUCCCCUGGCAACGCCGACCGGGAAGGUGGACGUGGUCCUGCCGUUCGACCCUUUCGACAAGAUGAUCUACGGGAGAUGCAAUUCGACCAAGUAAGCACAAUCGAACCUCUUACACAUUGCAGUGUCAAAACAAAAAUACAGCACUACCUCCGGUCGAAAUAAAUGACAGAAAAUCAC